UUUUAUUUAGUUAUGAAGUUUAUGAUAUUCAAUGUUGUGGAGUUUACACUACAAUGCACAGUGAAGUAGAAAGUUAGAGAAAUUUUGGAAAAUGAGGAGAAGUUACAGUGUAUCAAAUAAACUCGUGACCAUACGUAUGGCAGUUAUGUAAUUGUACCUAGUUUUAGAGGGGAUCAAUAAAUUACGAUGUUCAAUCUAAUACUGCGCACUCGUAACUCUUUCCCACCUGUUAUUCAACUACCUAUGUUUCGAGGUUUGUAUUGAAUUACAGAAACAUUGUGUAAUGAACAAGUAAACACUCUGAUAUUAAAUGUUGCAGUCAGAUUUUACUCCUCUUUCUACUCUUUUUGUAUUGAAUUACAGAAGCAUCGUGUAAUGAACAAGUCUCAUAUCAAAUAUCUUGCAUUUCGUACAAAUUCAUGAAAUCUCAAGAUCGUUCGUUGCUGAAAUUUGAGAAAAAUUGACUCGAGUCAAAACCGUCUGAGACCUUGACACCUGCAGCUAAAAAUUAGUAUCAGUCCAUAAUUAUUAACAACGAUACUGUAGACAACUGGCUGUGGUAUUCUGUUCUAACAACGGUUCCUCAACAUUGUAUGAUAAACAAGUAAAUACUAGUCGAUAUUAAAUAUUGCAGUCAGAUUUUACUCCUCUUUCCACUCUUUUCGUAUUGAAUCACAGAAGCAUCGUGUAAUGAACAAGUCUCAUAUCAAAUAUCUUGCAUUUCGUACAAAUUCCUGAAAUCUCAAGAUCGUUCGUUGCUGAGAUUUAAGAAAAGUUCACUCGAGUCAAAACCGUCUGAGACCUUGACCUGCAGCUAAAAAUUAGUAUCAGUCCAUAAUUAGCAACAAUGAUACUGUAGACAACUGGUGGUACCAUGUUCUAACAACGGUUCCUCAACUUGUAGGUAACCGCAUUAUACGGUUAAUUAAUAUACGUUGAAUAUUAAUCAGCCCCGCCACAAAUCAAACGGUAGCUACAAGCGAUUACCCGAGCUGCAUAAAACGAUGCGUUGAAAUCGGAUCACCGACUCGUGUUAGUCAUACGAAGUCGUAUUGAACCGCGGGGUCAUCGUGUAGGUAGCGACGUCGAAGAGAUAAGAGAGUAAUCGCGAUAAGAAGGUCACGUGGCGGAAGAGAGACGUCGCUUCGCGUGUCCAAGGAUUUCAUCUCUGACGAAGUUCAUCGAUAGACGCAGUUUAGACCGCGAUCUCCGUGCAACCUGGUGCUGCUGAUUUUUCGAGGACCAAGCGAAGGUGUCGAUAAUUGAGCCCGCGGUUUACGACGUCAACGGGAAAUGGCGGUGUCGUCGCCGGAUGACGAGCCGGCGCGUGAUCAACAUGCCAAUAAACUUCCGCAAUACGCUUUCGUUCUUCUGGCCACGUUGGCCAACUUCUCGACGGGUACCUGUUUCGCCUGGAUCUCGCCAGCGAUCUUCAUGUACGGCAUCUAUGACACUACGAUCAUCAGUGGUCAAGAUAUUUCGUGGCUGUGUAGCUUGGUAUCUCUUGGAGCGGCGUUGAGUUGCUUUCCGGCGGGAAUAAUGGCGGAUAAGAUCGGUCGGAAGACAAGCAUCAAAAUUGUCAGUCUACUUUUACUGGCGUGUUGGUUGAUUAUCGGUUUGGUAUACAGCAAAGUAUGGAUAUACCUAGCCCGUAUCACGAUCGGCAUCGUCUGCGGCGCGUACUCGAUCAUAAUUCCAAUUUACUUGACCGAAAUCGUGGACAAGGAAUUGAAAGAAUCGCUGAGCAUGAUUUGUCAGCUGCAAUUCUAUCUUGGAAUCUUGUACGCCUACUUCACGGGUAAAGGCUGUCUCCGUCUAGAAAUAGGAAUCUUUAAAGAGGAUCUAACAAGCUUCGCAUUCACAGGAUUCAGCUACGAUCUGCUCACGAUGGCUCUAUUGUGCGCGGUGCCAACCACGGUGCUCUCGGUCGCUUCUUUCGUCAUGCCGGAAUCACCUGUCUGGUUGACGACGCAGAAUCGUCAGGAAGAAGCUGACGAAGUGAUGAGGAGUCUGAAGAGGAAUCAAACGGAGGAUACUGACAGGACGAACCAACAGACAGGUUAUCUCUCGGUGUUCAAGGCGCACACCAAGGCGACCAUCAUUGCGUUCACGUUGGUGUCUAUUCAGCAAAUGUCAGGAAUGCCCAUCUUCAUAAUCUAUGCAUCCGUGAUAUUGGAUCGUCUAGGUUUUCCCAUGAAUCCGAUGAUUUCUUCUGUUAUCAUGGGAUUCGUACUAGUGAUGGCCACAUAUUGUUAUCCCCCCGUUCUCAAAACUAUGAACAUGAAAUUGCUGUUGUUUCUCAGUCUGACGGUCAUGUCUAUCUGCCUAUUUACUUUGUCCGGUUACUUCCGUCUCGCGAAUUCGUUCGACCUAUCCGUCUACAGCUGCGUACCCUUCUUAUGCAUAAUCUUCUUCAUGAUCGCCUUCGUGAUCGGCUGUGAACCGGUAUCGUGGAUUCUGAUCGACAAAAUUUUUACCAGCGACGUGAAGAGAGUGGCGAUCACCGGAAGCGUGAUUUGCAAUUGGAUAUCUUCGUUCAUGACGACGAAAUCAUUCCAGGAUGUUGUGGUAAUGAUGGGAUUUUCAACGGUGUUCGCUAUUUACGGUGUAUCUACCUUGAUGGGCACCGCGUUCAUCGCUCGAAUGAUACCGGAAACGGAAGGGAAGACCGAGGAGGAGGUGCAGAUGGAUCUACGAGGGAGGAACCCGGAGGGUUCUGAAAUUCCAACGUGCUGUUAAACUGAAAACAAGGAAACUAAAGUGACGAGUGACGAUAGAAACUUUGUUGUGUUACCUAUUUUGUUAAUAAAAUUCGAAAACGAUA